AUGCGUCGAGAGCCCACAGCUCGCAGCGGGCGGGGCGGGGAGGAGCCGCGAGGCGCGGGGCGGAGGAAAUCCGAGAGCGGGGGCGAGGACGGGAGCGGGGAGGAAGCGAGGCGGCGAGGAAGGCGUAAAGGGAGGAGGGCGCGGUGCACUCUAACGACGGCGCUUCAUUAUCCCGCCGUAAGCGCGCCAACGACGACGACGACGCUGGCGAGGACGACGAGGGUGAGGACGAGGGCUUGGGCAACGGCGCCGGAAUAUCGACGGCGCUGCACGGCGCCAACCGCCGGGUCACAGGUCACGCUUCCUCGCGAGCGACCCUCUGCUCCACGCGCUUUCCAGGCGCCAAGACGUCCCCGGGCCGCCACGCUCGCAAUUGGCCUCCGGGGAGGCGGGCGCGGUCUUUUUGUCGCGUGGCGUCGCGCGGUCGUCCUUAUCGGGUGCGGUGUAGCGUGGCGCGCGGCGGGGCCCUGGGGUACGGUGGUGAAGCCGGGGACGGCGGCGGAGAGGGGGAAGAGCUUGCGCCACCUGGCGGCUAAUUGUGUCCGGUCCCAAAGGCGCCGGCCAAAUGCCGCCCUGCCGCGCCCCGGCCCGGCCCGCAUCCACCGCCCCUCGGGGCCGAGGCGCGCUUGUAGGGCAGUGGGGACGGUUGUACGGACGAGGAGCGACAGCGGGGACGGCUGCAGCGGUGCUAAGGUGGCGGGAGCGACUAAUUUGGGCCGAGGGAAGACGGCGUUGCCAUUAGGGAGGGUGGUGGUAGCGGUGGUGAAAGCGAGGGCAGCGGGCGGUAGCGGUGGUAGGAGCGGCGUUGCCAACAAGACCCAUGCAGUAUAG